AUGGCGCCGCCCGCCGCCCGCCUCGCCUUGCUCUCCGCCGCCGCGCUCACGCUGGCGGCCCGGCCCGCGCCCAGCCCCGGCCUCGGCCCCGGACCCGAGUGUUUCACAGCCAAUGGUGUGGACUACAGGGGGACACAGAACUGGACGGCACUGCAAGGCGGGAAACCAUGUCUGUUCUGGAACGAGACUUUCCACCAUCCAUUCAACACUCUGAAGUACCCCAACGGGGAGGGCGGCCUGGGCGAGCAUAACUAUUGCCGAAACCCAGACGGAGAUGUGAGUCCCUGGUGCUAUGUGGCGGAGCAUGAGGACGGUGUCUACUGGAAGUUCUGCGACAUUCCUGCCUGCCAGAUGCCUGGAAACCUUGGCUGCUACAAGGAUCAUGGUAACCCGCCGCCUCUCACCGGCACCAGCAAAACCUACACCAAGCUCACCAUCCAGACCUGCAUCAGCUUCUGUCGGAGUCAGAGGUUCAAGUUUGCCGGGCUGGAGUCAGGCUACGCGUGCUUCUGUGGGAACAAUCCUGACUACUGGAAGCACGGGGAGGCAGCCAGCACCGAGUGCAACAGCGUCUGCUUCGGGGAUCACUCCCAGCCCUGUGGGGGCGACGGCCGGAUCGUCCUCUUUGACACUCUCGUUGGUGCCUGCGGUGGAAACUACUCAGCCAUGGCGUCUGUGGUCUAUUCCCCUGACUUCCCUGACCCCUACGCCACAGGGCGGGUCUGCUACUGGACCAUCCGGGUUCCCGGCGCCUCCCACAUCCACUUCACCUUCACCUUGUUUGACAUCAGGGAUGCCGCAGACAUGGUGGAGCUGCUGGACGGCUACACCCACCGCGUCCUGGUGCGCUUCAACGGGAGGAACCGCCCGCCUGUGUCCUUCAAUGUCUCUCUGGAUUUCGUCAUUCUGUAUUUCUUCUCAGACCGCAUCAAUCAGGCCCAGGGAUUUGCGGUCUUGUACCAAGCUGUCAAGGAAGAACCACUGCAGGAGAGGCCCACUGCCAACCAGACGCUGGCUGAGGUGAUCACAGAGCAGACCAACCUCAGUGUCAGCGCUGCCCGCUCCUCCAAAGUCCUCUACGUCAUCACCACCAGCCCCAGCCACCCGCCGCAGCCCGUCCCAGGGUGGACAGUGUAUGGCCUGGCGACACUCCUCAUCCUCACAGUCACUGCCAUCGUCGUCAAGAUACUUCUCCAUGCCACCUUCAAGUCCCAUCGUGUUCCUGCCUCGGGGGAGCUGAGGGACUGCCGCCAGCCAGGGCCUUCGGGAGAGAUCUGGAGCAUUCUUUAUAAACCUUCCACAUCCAUUUCCAUCUUCAAGCAGAAACUCAAGGGUCAGAGUCAACAAGAUGACCGUAAUCCCCUUGUGAGCGACUAGACCACGCGCCUGGGACACAGGCGGGGGGCGGGGCUUGGCUCCCUGUGGUCCUCUGACUCCCCUGCAAUCCCUCCGCCUCGACCUGCAGGGCCACCGUCCUACACCCUGGGAAGGGUGGCCAGGCUGCAGGGCAGCGCAGGGUGUCCUCCCACAUCCUCAA